UUAUUUAUAAUCCCACACCCGGACGGAAAACACUGCCUGAAAAAGUGCGAAGUGUUUCGACAUACUGUAGCCAGCUUUAGGGCUGAUCUCAAAGCACGAUGAAUCGCAGCGACGACAUGAAGAGGGCGUCCCUGGACGACUACAAGUUGAACGCGAUGGCCUCCAUGGGCUGGGCGGUGGACUCGGACAUUCCGAUGGCGAACGCCGAGAACCUGGCCAUCCUGAAGGAGCUGACCACCCUGAGGGCCUUAAAACUGGAGCUCCAGCAGCACAUGAAUUCGCUGGACGAGCGCGAGAAGGCGGUGGAGCGGCACACACGCAACAUUGAGGGCACUUUCCAGCAGAACCUGACGCUGUACAGCUCCCUCAAGGAUGAUGUCAUCAAGGAGGCCCACAAGGUGCAGCUGGUGAUCUUGGAGCGCAACAAGAUCAAGGAGGAUCUCAGGAAGAAUCAAAAAGAGCUUGAGGAGUACACUGAAUACGCUGAGCUCACGGAACGAAAGAUAUGCCAGAACAAGCGGGAGAUCGACGAGCUGACGUCGCGCAUCAAGUCCGCCAAGACCACUUUGGUGGAGUGGACGGAGGCGAUGGAGGACGGGAACAAGGGCUACCAGCUGAUCGAGAAGUACUACCUGGACGACCAGCAGAAGGCGCGGGAGCUGAACACCAAGCGGCAGCUGCUGCAGACGGACAUCGACAAGCGGCGCAAGCGGGUGGUGAUGCUCUACGACGAGCAGAUGACGCUGGAGAAGAACCUGGAGCGCACCGCCUGCCUCUACCGGGCGGCGCACGCGGAGCGCCGCCAGAUGGUGGAGACGUGGAAGAGCGCCGUCAACCAGAUGACCCAGCGGGAGCACGACAUCCAGCGCAGCGAGCUGGAGUGCGCGGAGCUCGCCAAGAAGGCGCAGAAGACGGCGCUGGCCUACAAGCAGUACGACGACCAGCUGACCGAUGUGAUCGACAACAACCGGCAGGUGGAGCUCGCCAUCGAGGCGCUGAACGAGGAAACCUCCGACACGAAGAACCAGAUCCAGAUCCUGGUCGACUCCUCGCUGCUGAAGGAGCGCGAGAUCGACGGCCUGCGCCGCGAGCUGGAGAACCUCUCGAACCGGGUUGCCCAGCAGCGCGCGGAGAACCGCAGCCUGGUGCAGAGGCGCGACGCCAAGCUGCUGGAGAUCGAGAACUUCGGCUCGGUGAUGGAGAAGGUGAAGGCCCGCCUGGAGUCCAUUCAGAACAAGGCGCUCAACGCGGACCAGCGCCUCCAGAUCCUCGAGGAGAUGAUCGAGGCGGAGGAGACCGCCCUGCGCAACCUCGACAAGGAGCAGGAGAAGGUCAACGACAUGCUCUACCGCACCCAGCGGCAGGUCGUCGAGCUGCAGGACGAGGAGAAGGUGCUCACCGUGCAGAACGACUCGCUGAACUCCAACCUGGCGGCCAUCAAACGCAGCCAGCAGCAGGUGAUGCACGAGCUGAAGCGCCAGACGGAGAUCCACUACAGCCUGUCGUUCAAGUAUUUGGAGGCGGAGCGGCGCUACGCCGAGCUCAAGGGCGUGGCGGACGACCCCGAGGUGGAGGCCAGCAACAUGGCCCGGCUGAACGAGCUGGAGCAGGAGCACGACAAGCUGCAGCGGCUGAUCGCGACGACGGAGGCGCAGAACAAGAAGCUCAACUACAACAUGAACAACCUGGUGGUGCAGUACAACGCCGACGAGAAGGAGCUCGAGACGGUGCGGUUCAAGAUCAAGGAGGCGCAGGUCUACUGCGAGGGCACCGUGAAGCGGCUGCGCCAGAUCCGCUUCGAGAACUCCGAGCUGAUCGUGGACCUCAACAUGGUGAAGAUGCGCUGCAGCGACCUGGAGGUGGGCAUCGGGGGCUGCGAGCAGGGCACCUAUGACCUGGAGCAGCACCGCCUGGCCUUCCGGCGGGCCAUCAAGGACCGCACAGUCGAGCUGCGCAGCCAGGAGGAGGUGCUCCAGCUGAAAAGAAAGCACCUCUGCGAGGAGCUGAGCACCCUGCGCGCCGAUCUCGGCGAGCGCAAGAAGCAGAUCGAGGCGACCAAGGCGCGCUUCGAGCUCACCUCCCAGCUGCUCGGGAAGAACGAGGACGGCUCCAUCAUGACCAGCACCCAGCUGAAGGUGGAGAGCGCCCAGGAGCGCCAGAUGCUCGCCGACGAGGGCGACGCCCUCAACAAGAAGGUGCUCAAGGCCGAGAAGGAGGUGGUCGCCCUGGAGAACACGCUGCGCCAGUUCGACAAGUCCAACGACAACUACCGCAAGACCUUCCGAUCCGUCGACGAGAACUCGAAGGAUCGUGAGCGCGCCGAGUUGGAGCUGAAGGAGCUGGAGGCGGCCUACUGCAAGGAGCUGGAGAACCUGAAGCGGCUGCGCUGCAAGGUGCAGCACUACGACCAGAAGCACGCGGCACAGCGCGACGAGGAGCAGCAGCUGAUCGCCAAGCUGGAGCAGGCGAAGGCGCAGCGCGCGGAGCACGCGGCCGUGCUGGAGAAGAUCGAGCGCGAGAUGGACGACCAGCGGCUGAAGCUGGACAGGGCGAACCGGGAGAUCCGGACGCAGUUGCGGGAGAUCAAAGCGCGGCCCUUCAGCGAGGAGUUCCUGGCGCAGUUCGAGCGGGACCUCAACCUCCAGGAGCUGGAGGCGCGCAACACCAAGGCGCUGAACAUGCUCGCCGACCUGGCCAGCAGCGACGAGCACGGCACGGAGAUCAUGAACUUCAUCCUGCGCAAGGGCGUCCAGCUGCCGAUGCACCUGAAGCGCACGCGCAGCUGCGUCUCCUUCAACAGCAGCUCCUCGGCCAAGUCCUCGCUGGACGCCUGCUCCUUGGCGGGCAGCAAGGGCGGCGCCAGUGUCAGGUCUUCGACCUCCGACAUGAGCUCCCUCAAGGACGACAGCUCCACCACCACCUCGCACUCCGGCCUGAGCAUCAUAUCGCUCGAGCUGCCCGAGCCCAAGAAGAAGUGAUUUCCCCACUAGUUUCCCUUUUUUUUUAAGUGCUUUUAAUGUUUGGUGUUUAGUUUUUUAACGAUCGGUCGGGCUUCACGUGCUUGGCCAUCGCACUGUUUACAAAUUGACCGUCUAAACGGAACAGCGAAUAAAAUGCGUUGCCAAAGCGGGUCAAAACAAGAGAGCAGCGGCGGCAACGAAAAUAGCCCAAAA